AUGGCAGCCGUUCAAGCAAGAGAGGAUCCAACACGUAUGGAAUCACGCCGGUAUGUCUCCUUCGUCCUUCGCACUGCAGGACGAAAAUCAAGUAAAUCAAUUUUGACUUACACCUCAAACAGGGCAGCUACAGCUAGCUCAAAACAUGUGCGCGAACUUGCACAUCACGCCGAGAUGCGUAAAGAAGACCGCCGUGCAGCUGCGAUUCGCAAAGCCCGUGAAGACAUCGGGCAUCAUUACAGUAUCUAUUCUGUCGUUGGUGAAGGUGGCUAUGGUAUUGUAUUCUCAGCUGUAAAUCGACAUACAGGAUCGCGCGUUGCAGUGAAACGUGUGUCACCAUUUGAACAUCACUUACUGGCAAUUCGCACUCUGCGAGAACUGCGUCUCUUGCGCUAUUUUCAAGAAUACAGUGGCUGUGAAAACAUCAUCAAGCUUUUGGACGUCGUCAUUCCCGGGGACCGAUGCUCAUUCCAAGAUAUCUAUUUCGUGCAGGAAAUCAUGGAUACGGAUCUCUAUCGCGUCGUACGAACACAGUCAUUGAGCUACGAUCAUGCGCAAUACUUCACAUAUCAAAUCUUGCGUGGUCUCAAACCCAUCCAUGCUGCGGGUGUAUUGCACCGCGAUAUAAAACCAAGCAAUCUUCUUGUGAAUGCAAACUGUGAUUUGAAGAUAUGUGAUUUUGGUUUAGCGCGCAACACAACGCAGGCAUCACCACAUGGGCGCGACUUGCAACUGACUGAAUACGUUGCGACGCGUUGGUAUCGGGCGCCAGAAAUUAUGUUAUCGAGCAAAACUUACACAAAGGCCGUGGACAUUUGGUCUGUCGGAUGUACGCUCUUUGAAAUGCUCACGGGAGAGCCGCUUUUUCCCGGCAAAGACUACCAUCAUCAAAUGCUGCUGAUUCUGGAUGUGCUUGGUACAGCAUCGGUCGACUCGAUUGCGUCACAGUGUUCGCCAAGAGCACUUGACUAUGUCCGUGCACUUCCAUGGUGCUCUGGCCGAUCCUGGACGUCUCUACUUCCCAACGUCCAGAGUGAUGCAAUUGAUUUUCUCUCGCGCGCGGUGACCAUGGAUCCUAAUGCUCGUAUGACUGUGGACGAAUGUCUUGCGCACCCAUUUGUCGCUCCUUAUCAUGACCCAAGUGACGAGCCUGGUGCGCCCCCGCUUGAGCAACAUGCAUGCGAAUAUGAUGUGCCUCCGACACUGAACACCGACGUCUAUCGCCAGGCACUUUGGGAUGAUAACCAAAUUUACGCGCGUCAUUCUUUACGCUCGUCGUUAUAA